GGUUUGAACAUUGAUUUAGAGUAACGACAUUGGGCUCGUCAAAAAUUAAAAUGCAAGUACAUAAUAUUUUACAUGGGUUACUUUGCAGCCAUGACUCGUAGAAUCUAAUAGGUGUAGCAACGCGUACGUACAAACUACAGACUACUUUAAAUUAUUAUUACUGACCUUACCUGAUAGAUAAAUAUUUCAUAUUUCAUUAAUUAUUGUUUAUCUAUCUACUUGAAAAUAAAGAAAUAUAAAUUGGUACAUACAGAAAAACAUAAUAUACCUACUCAUAAUAAUGUACGGUUUACGUAAACAAUAUUUACACAGUUGUGGAGAGAACAGAUGGGUAGCACCAUGUUACAAUUUUAUUUUCAAAAUUCAUUCUUUUCAUAUUCGUUAUCGUGAUAGUGGUUCACAAUGGUCUUACAUCAGAUUAUCACAGUGUUCUUAAUUUACCAUUGUUGUGCAGUGGAAAGUGCAUCAAUAUUAGCGCUUUUUUCGUCCUUAUCAUUUUCGGAUCAUCUCGUAUUCAGGAAUUAUGUAUCCCUCCUGACUCAGAAAGGUCAUUCGAUUGUUAUGAUGACACCAUACCCAGGCCAAUUUGCAUAUCCAGAUGUGGAAAACAUUGUAGAGUUAAAUGUUGGACAGGAAUCGUCAGCAUACUGGGAAGAAUUUAAGGGAUUGAUGACGAAUACCGAUGACUAUUACACACGUAUGAGAGCUAUUAAUGAGUUUUCGAUAAAAUUAGCAGUGGCACAGUUGAAAUCUAAGCCAAUGACGGCGUUGCUAGUGAAUCCAAAUGUUAAAUUCGAUCUGGUCAUCACGGAAGCAGAUGUACCGCUCUUAUAUGCGGUUGCUGAUAAAUAUCAAGCACCCCAUAUUGCUAUCACAGCGUCAAGUGGCAAGAUACAUCAAUAUGAAUCUAAAGGAUCACCAGUCCAUCCCAUUUUGUAUCCAGAUGUCAAUUCCCUUAAUUAUAGAAACCUGAGCAGCUGGCAGAAAAUUGUUGAACUAAACCGUCACUUUCAAACCAGACAAGAAUAUUAUAAUACUUAUCUUCCUCUUUGCGAAGUAGCAGCGAAAAAGAUUUUUGGUUUGAAAAGAAGUCUCCAAGAAGUCGAAAAUGAUAUUGAUUUACUGUUCGUAGCUAAUAAUCCAGUUUUAAUUGGGAACAGACCGAGUCCUUCUGCUGUCGUUUAUGUAGAUCGUAUGCAUAUUAAACCAGGAUUUGCGCUACCGGAGGAUCUUAAGGCAGUAUUAGAUUCUGCACCGAAAGGUGUUGUUUACUUCAGCUUAGGAGCAUUCCAAGAGCCCGAGCAUCUAUCGCCAUCUCUCUUGCAAACUUUGGCAGAUGUGUUCAGAACACUACCUUUCCUGGUGUUGUGGAAAAUUGGUAACACUACAAUGAUAAAUGACAUGCCAAGCAACGUGAUCAGCAAUUCUUGGUUUCCGCAGCAGGAAAUAUUAGCCCACCCAAAUGUUAAAGCGUUUAUCACAAACGGCGGUGCGAGGUCUCUUGAAGAAGCUGUGUUUUAUGAAGUACCGAUAAUUGGUCUGCCAAUUGUUAGAUCUCGGAAGGUUUUUAUCCAAGAGAUUACCCGGUACAAUGCUGGAGAAGUUCUAGAUCUCUAUUAUCUGGAAAAGGACGAAUUGAAAGAAGUUAUUUUGUCAGUAGUUUCCGACGACAAGUAUAAGAAUUCGAUGUCGAGCUUGAAGAGAAUGGUCAAUGAUGCUCUCUUGUCAGGUCCUGAUACCGCUGUGAGGUGGACAGAAUAUGUUUUGCGAAACGGAGGUGCCAAACAUCUACGGUCACCGGCCGUUGGACUUAGUUAUUUUAAACAUUGUGUAUUAGAUAUUAUUGGUGUUCUUUUAACUAUUUCUAUUGUUUUACUUUCAUUGUUUUACUUUCUCUUGAGAAUUGUUGUGAAGCGUUUACGUGUUCGCUUUUCUAGAAAGUAUGAUGAGUCUGGAAAAUUCAAGGCUUUUUAAAGCCAUUUAUUUUAUUGUAACCUAUAAUCUAUAUAAUUGGUCACUAUGAUAACUAAGUAAA